UGUCUCUCGACAAAGAUGCCCAAGAAGCGCUACGCAUGCACAACGAAGCCCGUGACGAAAUCAUUGAAGAUCCUCGGCCUCAUUUAAGAUGGGAUUCUGCACUCGCAGCCGAUGCACUCCAAUAUGCCCAAAAGCUCGCACAAAGCAACCGUAUGGCGCACUCUUCACCAAAAGAACGCAUAAGAAAUGGUCAGAUCUGUGGCGAGAAUAUUGCUUGGAAUGCAUGGGGCCGAUUUACUCUGGUGGAUGCGACUCGGUUGUGGAUUCAGGAGAAGUCUAAGUACCGGGGACAGAAAAUUGGCAGUGGGGGCGAUUCAACUUGGGGUCACUAUACCGAAAUCAUCUGUCCAAACGUCACAAGAGUAGGGUUAGGGCUUACUCGCACUCGUUCCGGCGAAACCUAUGUUGUUGCGAGGUACAACGCUUGUCAGACACACGGCAGUACUCCGUAUGAUUCCAGAAAGGGCAAUAUCUUCAAGAACCGGAGAUGGCAACCAAUCACUGGGGGAAGAGGUCAUCGGUCGGGAAGUGGAGCAGGAAGAGAAAGGCGUGACCUUCCUCAGGGUGGACACCAAUUUGAGAUAAUGGGAUUGGAUGACUUUUUCAGAGACUUGAAAGCUUUCAAGGAUCAGUUGAGACGUUAGUAAUCUGCAUUUCUAAAACUGAGGGAGAGCAGAACUCUUUCUAGCGGUAUCGCGUAGAGCUUUGUAUCGUCGGGUAGUAGGCC